UGGAGAACAACGACACCACCACCGCACGGACUAGGACAGAAGGGAGGGCACCAAGGAAGGGCUGGACCAGAGGCCCUGGGGUGUCGGAGCUGGCGGGAGCCGGACCCAGAGCUCCUGCAACCGCCCCUUCCCUGGGCCAGGUCAUGCGCUGCCCCAAAUGCCUUCUCUGCCUGUCAGCACUGCUCACACUCUUGGGCCUCAAAGUGUACAUCGAGUGGACAUCCGAGUCACAGCUUAGCAAGGCCUACCCAGGACCCCGGGACACCCCGCAGGGCCCCACUCCAGCCAGCCCCGAGCCUACCCUGCCAGCUAAUCUCUCAGCCCGUCUGGGUCAGACUGGCCCACUGCCCUCGGCUUACUGGAACCAGCAGCAGUGGCGGUUGGGGGCCCUGCCCAGUGGGGACAGUGCUGAGGCUGGGGACUGCCGGGCUUGGGGGGCUGCUGCUGCUGCCGAGAUCCCCGACUUCACCUCCUACCCUGAGGACCUCCGCCGCUUCUUGCUCUCAGCAGCCUGCCGGAGCUUCCCACAGUGGCUGCCUGGAGGUGGCAGUGGCCAAGUGGCCAGCUGCACAGAUACAGAUGUCCCCUACCUGCUGUUGGCUGUCAAGUCGGAACCAGGGCGUUUUGCAGAAAGGCAGGCUGUGAGGGAGACGUGGGGUGGUCCAGCUCCCGGGAUCCGGCUACUCUUCCUGCUGGGGUCUCCAGUGGGUGACGGGGGGCCUGACCUAGGCUCCUUGGUGGCCUGGGAGAGCCACCGCUACAGCGAUCUGCUGCUCUGGGACUUCCUGGAUGUCCCCUUCAACCAGACGCUCAAGGACCUGCUACUGCUGGCCUGGCUGGACCACCACUGCCCUGGCGUGAGCUUUGUCCUACAAGCUCAGGAUGAUGCCUUCGUGCACACUCCUGCCCUGCUGGACCACCUGCGGGCCCUGCCACCCACUUGGGCCCGAGGCCUCUACCUGGGUGAGGUCUUUACCCAGGCUAAGCCCCUCCGGAAGCCUGGAGGACCCUUCUACGUGCCUGGGUCCUUCUUCGAAGGUGGCUACCCAGCCUACGCAAGUGGGGGUGGCUACGUCAUCGCUGGGCGCCUGGCACCCUGGCUGCUGCAGGCGGCGGCCCGUGUGGCACCCUUCCCCUUCGACGAUGUCUACACCGGCCUGUGUUUCCAGGCCCUGGGCCUGGUGCCCAGGGCCCACAAAGGCUUCCUCACAGCCUGGCCAGCAGACCGCACUGCUGACCCCUGCACUCUCCGAGACCUGCUGUUGGUGCGGCCCCUCAGCCCCCAGGACAGCAUCCGGCUCUGGAAACACCUGCGGGACCCUCAACUCCAGUGCUGAGCCUCGUGGCCUGGGGCGUCCUCGGUGCCUGCUGCUUCCUCAACCUCUCCUUCUAGGCUUUGGUAUGAGGGAGGAGGUCCUGGAAUCAUGCUGCUUGAGUUCCUCCUGGGCACCCUCAGGCCAGGGGACUGGGCAGCAAGAGGUGGCAGACUGUUUUUGUCUACUUGUAUUUUUGAAAAAUAUGCACUCCCCACUCUGA